AUGUGAGAAAAAUUGACACAAAUUUCUUCAUUUCAUUCCAUCAAAACUCAUUCUUUCAUUCCUCCCAAGGGAAGAAAGCGAAGAUUUACAUCUCCGUCGUCAUCCGGAUGAGAUCGACCUCUGCCCCGCCUCUCUGGUGACAGCUAAAACCCUCAAAAUCCCCUUUUCACUCCAUUUCAAUCUCGCGACAGCGAUUUGUAGUGUCACCUCGCGAUCGAUCUGUUCAUUUUUUUGUCUUUGCGUCUAAGUUACGGCGGCGAGUUCUUCCACUCGGUCUUGGUCGUACCGUCAUCGCCAAGGUUUUGGUCGGCAGGAUCAAAUCAGAUGGGAUUGUUGGCAAUGGGUCUGCCUUUAGAGUGCGGAUUAUGAACGCUUUGAAGUGGGGUUUCGUUUCCCGUCGUCCUCUGGGUUUCUGUAAGAAAGAUGUCGGAUUCGUCAGCUUUGGUCGCUGCUAUCGAGGCGAGGUUCAGCAAUUUAGAGCUGAUCGGGAGGGGCUCCUUUGGAGAUGUUUUCAAGGGGUUUGACAAGGAGCUCAAUAAGGAAGUUGCCAUCAAAGUUAUUGAUCUGGAAGAAGCAGAGGAUGAUAUUGAAGACAUUCAAAAGGAAAUUUCAGUUUUGUCACAGUGUCGCUCUCCAUAUAUAACUGACUAUUAUGGUUCUUAUCUCCAUCAAACAAAACUAUGGAUAGUUAUGGAGUACAUGGCGGGUGGUUCUGUUGCUGAUUUGCUUCAAACUGGUCCUCCAUUGGAUGAAAUGUCAAUAGCAUGCAUUUUACGAGACUUGCUGCAUGCAAUUGAUUAUCUUCACAGUGAAGGAAAAAUUCACAGAGAUAUCAAAGCUGCAAAUAUUUUGUUGACUGAAAGUGGAGAUGUGAAGGUGGCAGAUUUUGGCGUUUCUGCUCAACUAACAAAGACAAUUUCUAGGCGCAAGACUUUUGUUGGAACUCCCUUUUGGAUGGCUCCUGAGGUUAUUCAGAAUUCAGAAGGAUAUAAUGAAAAGGCAGAUAUUUGGUCCUUAGGUAUAACUGCUAUAGAAAUUGCUAAAGGAGAACCGCCUUUAGCAGAUAUGCAUCCAAUGAGGGUUCUAUUUAUGAUACCACGGGAAAAUCCCCCUCAGUUGGAUGAGCAUUUCUCACGACCUUUAAAAGAAUUUGUCUCAUCAUGUUUGAAAAAAGCACCUAAUGAGAGGCCAAGUGCUAAGGAACUACUGAAACACCGAUUCAUCAGGAGUGCUCGAAAAAGCCCCAAGCUUCUUGAAAGAAUAAGAGAACGGCCAAAGUUCCCCCUGAAAGGCAAGUUGGGAACUCAAAAGAAUGGCCCCGUUCAAUAUGAUGAAGGAACUGGCACUCUCAAGGCGGUCAGAGAUUCAAGAGAUGAAACAAUAAGAUCAAGUCACGUGAAAGUUUCAAAGAACAUUGGUGGAGAUUCUAGCAAGGAUGUAUUACAGGGUACAGGAACAGGCACUGUCAAAGCAGUCAGAGAUUCAAGAGACGAAAAUGCACAACAAAGUCAAUGGAGAGCGUCAAAGAGCAUUGACUGGGAUUCACAAGUGGGUACAGGGACUGUUCGCAGUGCUGUAAAAUCAUUCCAGGAAUCCCCGGUCAGAGAGAAGAGAUCUGAGGUUCAAAUUGCUUCCCACCUCUCACAAAAGGCUGUGGAUAAAGAGAAACAAAAGUUUCCAUCAUCAAUAAGUUCAUUUAAUGAGCAAAACUCAGAGAAUUCAUUCCUUAAGGAUGAAGAACUAAAAGUUGAAAGACAGGAAAUGACUACUGAAGAUGUUUAUCAAGACGGGUCUGGAACUGUUGUGAUCCGAAAUCCAAGAGCAAGUUUGAUACAUUCAGCACUGAACCGUUUGAGCUCCAAGCCUAUGAGCAGACAUGGUUCUUUUGAGGAAGUUUCUAGCAGUGGCACAGUUGUUCUUCGCAGUCAACAUGAUGAAGCAGACACGUCUCAGAGUUCAAAAUCUAGAUUGGGAAUCCAAGAGAAAACUUCAGCUGCCCCACCUGAAGAUAGUGCAACUAACCUUGCGGAGGCAAAGGCUGCAUUGCAAGCAGGUGUAAAAAAGGGAAGUUCUCGGCCUGUAGCCAAAUCUUUCAAGUAUGUAAUAGUUAAAUGAGAUCCUUCUGAAAUCUCAGAUGUUCAAAAAGCAUCUUCAAAAUUACGGCACAGUGAUGGUGAUGGAAGUGCACAGGCUUCU